AUGGAAUAUGCAUGUGAGUUAUGGGAUGGUUGUACUCAACAAGAAGCCGACAAUUUAGAACAUGUUCAGUUAGAAGCAGGAAGGUUAGUAACUGGGUUGCCCGUGUUUGCUAGUCGGGAAGCUAUAUAUUUUGAAACUGGCUGGCAAUUGCUUGUGGACAGAAGAAAAUCCAGAAAGCUCAAUAUGUUCUAUUCUUUACAUAAUGGGACUGCCCCUGAUUAUCUCUGUGAUGUAAUGCCCCCGCUUGUUGGUCAAGUAUCUAACUAUGAUUUGCGAAACAGUAAUAAUUAUGUAGUACCCGGUUAUAGACUAGACAUAACUAGAAAAUCCUUUUCCCCAUCCACUACUAUUGAAUGGAAUAGCCUUCCCCCCGACAUACUUACGUCCAAAACAUAA